GUGUUGUAAUUUGGUCAACAAAUGGAGGGUACAUUAACCUCUGAUGCAAUAAAUGUUCACAAAAAAAGAAGAUUAAAGGUAAAAAUUGCAUAGAGCUUUUAGCAGCAACACUAACAACAUGGAAUCUGCAACAAUAGGCAGAAAAUGGAAGCAGCUUUUGCUCUUUGCAUUUCUCUCAACUUUAACUCAUGGACAAUCUCAUUCUUCAUGCCUUCCCGCUGACUUUUCUUUUGAUCAGCUUGACAAACAGCUUCAGAACAUAAAAAACUGUUUGGAAACUGUAUCUGACAACUGGACGUCAUACCAACACGGAAACAUUCUUAAUCAACUACAAGCAUUAACUGAUAUCAUUCAGAGGCAAGACAACAAAGCGUUUCAGAAGUUACUUCCAGAAAACUGUCCAGCUCCAGCAGUGCCUGAGAAUGGAGGACUGCUGUGUUUAUCUGUGAAGGAUAAGAUCUACUGUAAACCUAUGUGCAAUGCGGGCUAUGAUUUCAAUUUUCUUAGAAGAUCAAGGCUGUUUGAGGAAUGCAGUACUGCCACAAAACACACAUGGACAACUCAGUACAUUGGUGGCAACAGGCUGGCUAUAUGCAACAAGUCCCACAUUGCGGUGUCAGGAGCCCCCUCUGCCUACUUUCCUCAAGGCGAGGACUGUCACAUAACAAAGAGCAACGAACAACUAACGCAGAACAUCACAAACAUCUUUAAAUCUGAGCUGGCUAAAGUGGAGACCACAGAAUCAGAGUCUACCAAACUUCUCUGUGGCAACAUCAACAACUAAAUCUAAAAUGUAGAUCAAAAAUGGUUUGGAAGAUGUUUAGUGCUUGAUGUAAAAAUACAAAUGAACCAUGAUGAUUUCUCUUUUUUCAGAUUUAUCAUGAUUAAGCAAAAAUGUUACCUUGAGGAAAUUAGCGUGCAGCUGUAAUGAUGAAAAAAAUCUUAUUGAUCAUAAUAAUUGAAUAAUAACUAAAGUAUCUUAGUUUAGGGCUAGUAUUGACAUAUAGUACAUGAAAAAAAAAAAAAAAAACUUAAGGGGCAAACUGGCAAUACACUUUUUCUAGCUCUUAUUGUUGGCAAGUAAAGUCUUACAAAAUCUUUAUACAUUAUUCAUGCUUCUCUAAACAAUUUCACAGUAUACAAUUAAUCACUCUCAGACAAUGAGAAGUAAAGCAGCCAACAUUACUGAGGAGGUUUCAGACUAUUUAAUUUAUAUUUCUGGAAUAAUCAGCCCAUCGGGGUCUAAGGAGCAUUUGAGAAUUAGACAGGUCAGCUUAAUGGCAGAUGGAUUUAUAUGACCCAUUUAUAUCAUAAACACACUGGAUGACCAUGUUGAAAAUUAUUUGAGACUUUGCAUAUUUUACAUUAGUCUAACAUGUGCAUAUAAGCAUUUAAUUACAAACAAGAAGUAUAUUUUUUUAACUUAUGUGAAUACAAUUCAGUCUGUAUGUAACUUUUUUAAAAUAGAAAACAACAUGGAUAAUAAAAGCAAAUUUAAAUGUU